AUGUCCAAUCCAGUUACUACAUUGCCCUAUAGUAAGAAAAAUGACAAAGCUCAAGAUGAGAAACUUCUGGAACCCUUCAGUUAUAUACUACAAGUGCCUGGCAAGAACAUAAGGUCCAAAUUAGCUAGAGCAUUCAAUCAUUGGCUUCAAAUCCCUGAGGAAAAGCUUAUUCAUAUUAUGGAUGUUAUACAAAUUUUACAUAAUUCUAGUCUACUGAUAGAUGAUAUUCAAGAUAAUUCUAUUUUAAGAAGAGGGAUUCCUGUUGCACACUCAAUAUAUGGAGUAGCUAGUACAAUAAAUACUGCAAACUACACUUCUUUCAUUGCCUUAGAACGAAUCAUGGAUUUACAACACCCUGAAGCAAUAUCCAUAGCAUUGGAACAAAUGCUUGAAUUGUAUAGAGGCCAAGGAAUGGAGAUUUAUUGGAGAGACAAUUUUUCCUGUCCAACAGAAGAAGAAUAUAAGCAGAUGGUUAUUAGAAAAACAGGGGGUCUUUUUAUGUUGGCCAUAAGAUUAAUGCAGCUGUUUAGUGAGAAUGAUAAAGGUGAUUAUAGAAGGAUAACAGGGAUCCUAGGGCUAAUUUUUCAAAUUCGUGAUGACUAUAUGAAUUUAGUAUCUGAAGAUUAUAUGGAGCACAAGAGCUACUGUGAGGACCUGACAGAGGGAAAAUUCAGCUUUCCAAUUAUUCAUGCAAUCAUCAGUAAACCUCAAGAAAACCAAAUUAUUCAUAUUCUGAAGCAGAGAACCAAAGAAAUCGAGGUGAAAAAGUAUUGUGUAUCACUUCUAGAGAAGUAUGGCAGUUUCGAGUAUACCAGGGAAACCCUUAAGCAAUUGGUGAGUGAUGCCAAAGAAGAAAUAGAAAAAUUGGGAGGUAAUCCGUUUAUGGAAGAGUUUCUCAUCUCUCUUUCCAAAAUGUGA